GUGUGUUGUCAGCUGACUGGCAGCAUUUCUGGCUGCCGUCACAACACCGCGUGCUACCUGCUGACAGCCAGCUAGCAUCUCUUGGCCGGAGGUCUGCGGUCGGACGGGGUGGGUUAUGUUUCCCGGAGCCAGAAGCGUACACGGAGGUUUGUGCACCACCGACCCAUGGCGGCCGAAAUUCAGCCCCAACCGCAGGCUCGGAAGCCAUGUCUGCUGAGCAAAAUCGAGGCUUUCCAAGAUGUAGUGAGCACGGCGGUUAUCAUCCCGAAGGAAGACGGCGUUAUCAGCGUGUCUGAGGACAGGACGAUUCGGGUAUGGCUGAAGAGAGACAGCGGUCAGUACUGGCCCAGUGUCUACCACACAAUGUCAUCUCCGUGCUCCUGUAUGUCCUUUAACCCAGAGACCAGGAGGCUGUCCGUGGGGAUGGAUACUGGAAGUGUCUGUGAGUUCAUCCUGUCAGAAGACUACAAUAAGAUGACCCCCGCACGCACCUACCAGGCCCAUCAGGGCAGAGUGACAGUGGUGCUGUUUGUGUUGGAGAUGGAGUGGCUUCUGAGCACCAGCCAGGACAAAAGCUUCACCUGGCACUGCUCAGAGAGUGGCCAGCAGCUGGGGACGCAUCGUACCGCCGCCUGGGUUUCAGGAUUACAGUUUGAUGUGGAGACCAGACACGCCUUUGUAGGGGACCAGUCCGGUCAGGUGACCAUCCUCAAGCUGGAGCAGGACAGCUGCAGCUUGGUCACCACCUUCAAGGGACACACUGGUAAUGUGACGGCGUUGUGUUGGGACCCAGUCCAGAGGGUGCUGUUCUCCGGCAGCUCAGACCACUCCAUCAUCAUGUGGGACAUCGGAGGACGCAAAGGCACCGCCAUCGAACUGCAAGGACACAAUGAGAAGAUUCAGGGCUUGUGCUACGCCUCACACACUCGUCAGCUCAUCUCCUGCAGCUCAGAUGGAGGCAUCGUCAUCUGGAACAUGGACGUAACACGACAAGAGACCCCAGAGUGGUUGGACAGCGACUCCUGUCAGAAGUGUGAGCAGCCUUUCUUCUGGAACUUCAAACAGAUGUGGGACAGCAAGAAGAUCGGCCUCCGACAGCACCACUGUAGGAAGUGUGGCCAGGCGGUGUGCGGCAAAUGUUCGUCCAAACGCUCCACCAUCCCCCUCAUGGGCUUCGAGUUCGAGGUGCGUGUGUGUGACAGCUGCCACGAGUCCAUCACUGACGAGGAUCGAGCGCCCACGGCCACCUUCCACGACAGCAAGCACAGCAUUGUUUACAUGCACUAUGAGCCCACCACUGGAAACCUGCUCACCUCUGGCACCGACAAGGUUAUCAAGCUGUGGGACAUGACUCCUGUGGUGUCCUGAGGUCUGUGGGCGACCAGCAGUCAGCAGGAAGCUCUGCUCACCAAACUGCGAUGGUUUCACCACAGCAGUCGCACUUCGAAGAGAAAGAGAGAGGCUUAUCCAACAAUAUCGAUGUCAUCUGGAUAAUAUUUAACAGUUAUUCAGCAACAAGCACCGGCUGUUGCUUGUUCACAGUGAGGACGCUGCAGGCCAGUGAAGCCUGGGAGCAGAGCAGGCCUUGGCUGACACAAGGUUACGGUUGUGGGUGUUUGUUUCUGUGAAGGGUGCUGUCAGGUGGGGGAUCUCUCUGUGUUUAUGUGUGAGUGUAUGGUAGGGGUUGGGGCAUUUGACACACCUUAUUUACUUAAUUUCCAUGCAUUCCUGCCGAUUUCAUACUGUAAACUCACGAAACAGUGAGUGAAACAUUUUUGUACACGAUAGUGGGUACCACCAGGCCCAAACUUUAUAUGUGAAGCAUGUCAUGGAAGCGGACCAUGACACUCAGAAACUCAAAGGCACGUGUUUAUGUUUAGCAGGCUGUAGAUUCUCCAAAAGAGGAAGCCAUUUGAUCAGUUCUACACCAGCCAACCUGCACCACCCACAGGGAAAGACAGCAGCUGCAGGUUAGACUUUCAGAUGUAGACACGUUGAUGUUGCCCUCAAUGCAGUGAGAGUGAUCGCUGACACUUGAGCUACAGGCAGCAAGUUUCAUGUUGGCUAUUUCCUUUUGUAUUGUUUGACAUUUUAAACUUGGACACCCAUUUCCUAAAAUACCAGCUAAAAUAGCAACAUCGAUGUGUUACAGCGAUUACAAUCCACUCUGGCAAUGUAAAACACAAAAUUUGACAAAACGAUCAUGUCUCAAAGUCCACUUUCAUGUAGUAUUAAAUGUUUUUUGGGGCAUGACUGUUAGGCAAGUGAUUAAACUGUUGCCGAUUUAAUCACUUUGACCCAUCUUAAUACAACAGUGCUGCAAUAAAUCCCACCUUUGUUUGUGGUGCUGUUGAAUUGGGUUAUACUGAGAGGUGCUGACAGGAGUCAACAGUUUCAGUACAAACUGAACCUUCAUGAAGGGAGGAUUUACUGUGGAACUGUUAGACUGUAAGUGGCCACUGAGUGCAAGUGCUGAUUAUCUGUAGAAAGUCUGUAGUCACAUGCUGAUAGUCGUCUCUCCAUACCAACAGUAGAUAUGUUACCCAAGUUUUAAAGGUCACAUGUUCAGCAUGUGUUUCCCAACACCAUUUCAUUUUACUGUUUUAUUUGGCAACAUUUUUCAUCCUAUCUAAUUUAUUUCUUUAACCUAUUCACAUGUUCACUUAUACACCAUAAAUACAAUACAUUUCCUUUGGACAAAUAAAUUCUAAUUAGGACCUCCUCCAUCUGCAAAGUACUAAGGAGACCAGUCAGUGAGGACAGAGGAGACGUAGUGACACACAGAAGAGUGGUAUUGUUUGGAGAUGUUUGAAAUGUAAACUCUAAACCCUGCAAACAGACAAACCCAGCAGCAGCUGUAUAAAGAAGCUGCAGUUGUAAUUCAUUGCCUGCAGGUGACACUAGUGUCAACACUGCAGAAGCUGCUGGAGGCCUUGCCUGUGGUUGUGGGAGCAUGUCUACAGUAUAUCUGCAGCCCUUAAAUGCUAUUACUGUUCUUGCUAAUGGGUGGCACAGGCUGGACUGAAACUGCAGGUGUGAUAUGGGCUGAUCCUGCCUUCAGGUGCUUCACCAUCACUCACUCUUUGGGUUUUUAUCAUCAUUUUCAAGAGGCAAAGAAAUCAUCUACUUUCUGAAUAUGUCAGACUCAUAUCAGUAACAUUUGAUUGGGCAUAAUAGUACUUCAACCAUGUGACACAGGAAAAGGUUAAUGAAUUGCCUGAAUGUUACCAAACAAUAAGCCUUUCACCAGAGUCUCUAUUCAGACUUCUGGACCUCAUAUCAGCCACUAGAGGAGAGGACUGUAAGAAGUAUUUUUAAUCUACACCUAUCCUCUUCAUCUAAAUUCAUAUCAGGAGGUUGUAGAAGGCCACAAAUGUAAAAUGUAAUGUACUAACAAUGGGCCAGGUGUGUGACCUCCACACUGCAUGAUAUCUGAAUAUCCACAUAGGUUUUUCCAGUGUGUGGCUGCUCGGGUGUUAAGGGAAAAUUGGACAUUAAGCAAACGUCUUAACCUCAUAAAUGUGGUCCAUGAUCACGAACCCCUGCUGCCAACAAUUAUUCAGACUCAUAGAACUUCAUUUUAGUUUAGAAAAGUUCCCAAAGACACACAAUGUGUCAGGCUAUUUAGGCUAAUUUGGGGAAAACUGAAUAGAUGGAUCCCAUUUGAUGUAAAGGUACAUCAGUAAAAAUAUGGAGUGUUUGAUUUGAUUGUUACAGUCUUUCAUUUUCUUCAUUUGGGAUAUAUCUGUGAUGCUGUCUAACUCUGUGGGAAAAGUUUUUUCUCUCUCAGUUUAAACGGUGAGGUCAUAACAGAGGACGUUGGUCUUAUGUAGAGACUUGUCAGGACAUUGUACCUGCACACAGUGUUUGCCUCAGACGACACCUGUCAGGUUCUGACAUCUGUAAAUCAGACUGCUUGUCCAUCCCUGUACGUUCUCUACUGUCGACUGUUUCUGAGAUUAUUUAUUACUAUGAGCGAUGUCUUAAUGUUUCUGACGUGUAAAUGCACAUAUCAUCGAGCUAAUGAGUGGCAGCACAUACAUGUAUCAGGACUGAACGGAAACUAAUGAACGCGGCUGCUUAGAUUUUAUCCUCAUCAUUAUCGUUCUUUAAAGUCACAAUACUGUACACUGGCUUUUAUGUCAAUGCACUGGAAUUGAAAAUAUGUCACAAAUUGCUGCUGUGAAGAGAAACUAUGAAUUUGUUUGUGCUCAUCAUGUUUGUGCUUUAAUGUAAUCAUAUGGUAACUAAGCUGAAUUUUUCUAAUGUUCAGACCCCACUAAAUACUUUCCAAAGAUGUUUGAUAUUUAGAUGAAAAAUGAGGUGAAGACUUCAUCCAGGAGUAGAGAAAUGACAGAUUACAGGCUUGACUGUUCAUGAGAAAGAUUUGUCACACCCAUAAAGGUACAUUUACAGCACCCGUUUACUCAUGAAUGUGAGCCUGUGGGUACUGUAACACUUAGAAGGACCUGACCAGUGUUUUUUCAUAGGAUUCAGCUCUGUAACUAUUAAUCAUGUUUUGUUUUUGCAGGCCAGUUUCAAAUGCAUCGUGCACAGUUUUAGGUUUUCAGGGUGUAUUUUUCCAGUCUGUCCAAGAAGCAGUUGGUUUCCCGCUGUUGUCACUCUGCGCUGAAAUUAAUGGAAAACUACGGCUGCCUGGAAUGAAAGUGAACUAAAACACAAAACACAUGUUAAGGAUCAUGUAAAGUGUAUGAUUUAAAUGUGCAAAACCACCGGUGUAGUCCUUUAAACAUAAAAAACCCAAACUACACAGGAGACAGUAAUCUAUCUACAAUGCUGUUGCAGUCAAAAUAAAUGACAGAUUAUAUUCAUCUAAGGCCAGUGAAUGAUUUUCUUCUGUUGUGGGAAGGAUCAGAACAGACAUUGUGUGCUUCAGUGUGUCCAUAAAUGUAACCAAGUAGGUAUAAAUGACAUAUUAAAAGAGCAAGUUCUGCUUGACCGGUUGUGACUGUUUGUUGUGUGGUUUAUCAGAUCACAGUGAUUCAUGUCAGCUUUACAGAAACAGCUUCUUAUUCUCUCUUUACUUUU